UCGUAAGGGAGGAGCAAUAUUUGCCCCUUUUGUCUGAGCAAAUUAGGGUUUCAAAUAGCUGCUCUGGGAUAUUCUCUCAAGCUGAUUAGCCCUAAAAACCCUCGUGAGAGCAGAACAAGCUUUUCUCUGGGCGAUUUUCGGAAGAACAGUACUCUCCCAGGCACGAGAUCUGUUCUCCCUGUUAUCUUGAAAGCAAUUGAUUCCUUAUAUUUAAUUCAAGGUGUGAAUUUUUGUGAUGAUGAUUCCACUCGUACGCAAGAGUCUAACUUGUUUGUUUUUCGAGAAUUCCUCUUUUCUGCGCCAAUCGCAUGCUUCUCUGUCUCAUUAUUUCUCUACCAAGACGGAAAACCAAACUGUAGAUGCCCGCAAAGUUUCUGAUUUCUUGUUGCACAAGCACCAUUUCUCUCCUGAAGCGGCUUCUCAAGUUGCCUCUGUUUUGACUAGGCUUAAGAACCCAGAGAAAUCUGAUUCAGUUCUGUCAUUCCUCAAAGAGAGUGGAUUUUCGGGCACCCAAGUGGAGAAAGUAGUGAAAUAUAGGCCUGAGUUCCUCUCGGCAAAUCUGGAGACAAUUAUCAAGCCCAAAAUUAAGGUUUUCCAAGAUUUCGGCUUCUCUGCGGAUGAGAUUGCUGAGAUUGUUUCAAAAGAACCGUUGGUUCUGCAUUGUAGCAUGAAAAACAGACUCAUCCCUUCGUUAGCUGUGCUGAAGGGCCUGUUGGGAUCCAAUGUUGAAGUGGCUAAGGUUUUGAAGACUUCUGGGUGGUUCUUGGUAAUAGAUUUAGAAAAGACAUUGGUGCCAAAUGUUGAAUUCUUGAAAAGCUGUGGCAUAUCAAUUGAGCAGAUUAUUAGGCUCAUGCCUAUAUUCCCAAGGUUUUUCUUGCACAAGCCGAAAAUAAUGAGGAAAUUUGUUGAAAAGGCUGAUGAGAUGGGUGUUGAUAGGAGUUCCGGUAUGUUUAUCUAUGCUGUUCGGGUAGUUAGUUCGAUGAACAAGGAGACUUGGGAACUCAAGAUGAAGAUAUUCCAGAAUUUGGGCUUCUCAGAAGAUGACAUAUUAAGAGUGUUCAGGAGUGCGCCUAUGGUGUUUUCUGUGUCGGAGAAGAAGAUAAAGCAGAUAAUAGAGGUUUUGCUUGAGAAUGGAAAGUAUGAUAUGUCGUGUAUUAUCAGCAACCCAACUUCACUUAUGUACAGCGUUGAGAAUAGGUAUAAGCCGAGGCUGCAAGUCUUAGAGGCUUUGGAAAAGAGGAAUCUGCUUAAAAAUUGGCCUGGUUUUGGUACAAUGCACAUUAUGUCAGACAAGAAGUUCUUUGAGAAAUUUGUUGCCCCUUAUUUAGAUGAAGUUGGCAAAAUAUACACUGCAAAGAGUGUACAAAAGCGGAGAUGAAACUUGCUUCAAGAGCUAAUUGAACUGAAAUAGGUUUGUUUCUGAUUCGUACCGUCCUAUAUUGACUGUAUUUGUAGAUGGUUGGGCUACACUUGUCCACUUAAUUUUGUUAGGGAACUUUUUUGAAAUCAAAUAUAUCAUUGCAUGUUUGGUGUAAUGGCACAUGUGGAUUUUUUCUGGCUAUAUGAAUGAACUCCUGUUUCCCUUUAGCCUA